ACAGGAUGAAGACACUUAACUGCUAUGUGCUGUUAUUUUGCUGGAAAGCAAUUUGUUGCUACAGCUGUGAGCUCACCAAUAUUACUAUAGCAGUGGAAAGAGAAGAAUGUGAAUUCUGUAUUACAGUGAAUGCCACAUGGUGCUCAGGAUACUGCUUCACAAGGGAUCCGGUAUAUAAAUAUCCACCAGUAUCAUCCGUUCAGCAAACAUGUACCUUCAAGGAGGUUGUGUAUGAAACAGUGAAGAUCCCUGGCUGUGGCGACCAUCCUGAAUCUUUUUAUUCAUACCCAGUAGCUACAGAGUGCCACUGUGAGACCUGUGACACUGACAGCACUGACUGCACUGUGAGGGGACUGGGGCCAUCCUACUGCUCCUUCAGUCAGAAUGGAAGCAACCAAUGAAGGGUACUUGAGAUAGUAGUUUGACUUUAAAUGUGUUCUUCUAAAUAGUGCUGACCAGGUUUAAGUGGAAGUUAAUAGCCGAGGCUAUUUAGAAACUGACAAGAUUGAAAAAGAUUUUUUAGGCCAAAAUGGAGAGCUACUGACUAUACUUCUCUUCAGGCCUCCCCUACUUCUUCUAGUUUCCUUAAAAUCACUUUCUAUAGAAUGUCUAUAGAAUGUUGCUUAUGAUUCCUUCUGCUCUUGCCUCCUCUUCUUUUCUAUUCCACCUUCAUUCUUUAUAUUUCUGUAUUUCCACGACUUAGUUUGCUUGGCUUACUCUAUACUAUCCCAUACUUUUAAGAAGUUCACAAUCUCCAUGCCUUUAUUAUGCCUUGCAUCUCUCCUUAGAAUUCACUUAUCCUAAAAAGCCUUGCAGCACUGGUCCAGCAUCAAUAGUGUUAAUAACUACAGGCUGGACUGUAAACCUCUCUCAGAUGAGAUUCUGAUUUUUUUUUUUGUUGGCAAAAUAUUUCUUAGUCAUUAUGCUCUUUAAACAAUAACAACAUGUUUAUUUAAGAGCCAAAAUCCUGUGUUCAAAUGUUAAAAGUCACCAAACUCUUGUGCUCUCUUAUUAAGGAUUGUUAGCUAAGGCUCAAUGACACAGUGACACAAAUGACACGAAAUCCAGGUCCUACCUGGCUAACUUGCUACUUGAAAUGCUUGGAUGUUUACCUUCACCUGGGUAAACAAAUGUCCUAAGUCAGUUAAACAAUUCUGAAAAAAAAAUUGCAAUGCAUUUGAAAUGCUGCAUUUUCUCUUAUUAUGCAAGAGAACUUAAGAAUGAGAAUUAUUUCAAUGCUAUUUAAUAGAGGAGUCUCACAAAUGGUUUAGGGAUGAAUCUAGAAGAAUCUGACCCUGGUUAUGCAAACCUGGUGUGAGAGCAUACCUUCAAAGUCAUUCACAGUAGUGCCUCUGAGACUGAAGUGAAUUCAUACAAUUCUGCAGCAAUCAGUAUGAAUGGAACUGGCUGGAAGCAAGGUGGAGAUCUAAAUGAGAAUGGAAAGUUACCUAAAAUUAUUGGGAAAAUGGUCAGAAAUUUAAAGAAUGAAAUCCUACCAGAAAAAAGAAGAUAUGUCUCUUCAACAGAAACAACCACCUACACAAAUACACAACUGACAGCAACCGGUUCAACAGCAGUUCUGCACAGAAGACUCUGAGGUUAUACAAGCUAAGCAUGAGUCAACAAUACCACACUACUAUGGAAAAGCAGAGAUGUAAGAACAGGAGCAGAACUGACAUGAUGCACAACCUACAUCCUCUACUCUGUUCAAUCUUCUAAGGGUCUCAGAUGAGACAUUAUUUCCAGUUUUGGACACAGAACAUCAAGGUAUUGAAAAACUGGAGAAAGCCCGCAGAAGAGUAGUAAGAAUGAAUAGAGACCUAAAUAACAUGACUUAGAAGAAAGAUCUUUUUUUAAAAGUGUAGUUGUUUGUCUUAUGGAUGGUAAUAGGGAAAAAAAAAAAAAAAA